AGCCUGCUGCUUGCGAAGUCAGCAACUUUUGUUAUAGUCACCGCUCUAAAAAGAGGGAGCCAGGGGAGGAUUGAAAGGAAGAGAGAGAGGUAGGCUACGCUGGAUCGAAGAGGGGUAUUCAGGAUUUGUAUGUAAGAAGCCGGUGACGAGAGUAAAGAUGUGGGUCAAACCUCAGGAGAUUAUGAUCAACAACACCAUCCUCUGGACGACGGAGGUGAGCAACACGUUCUUCUGUCUCCAGAAGAGGAGGGGACAUGGGGAGCACAAAGGAGGGAUCACCGGACUCUUCAUUAGUACUCUGGACCACAUGAGAGAUGCAAAGCCUCCGUCCUACAGGAUCCUACUCCAGACCCCAGUGUCUGACUUUAGCUACGUGGUAUCAGUGGCGGGCAAUCACCAGGAGAUCACCAGUGACUGGCUCUGGCUACAGGAGAACCUUCUAGAGACUCUCGGUUCAUUUGAAGAGGCAGAGCAAGCAAUGGAGUUUGCACAGGCCAAGAUACACAGUCUGGCCACUUUUUGCUAGAGAGGUGGGGGGGAUACCAGAGGACAUGGAGCAGCUGAAGUUCAAGGAGGUGGAGAAGAGAUUUCUGAAGCAGUUCAACAUGCCUCCUGAUGAGAAACUUGUCAAUUACUACUCGUGUGGCUACUGGAAAGGCUCUCUCCCAAGGCAGGGCUGGAUGUACCUGAGUGUCAAUCACCUCUGUUUCUACUCCUUUCUCCUGGGCUCUGAGACUCUCCUCGUAGUUCGCUGGAACACUGUCAGAAAACUGGAGCUCCAGAGUGCCCGUAUCACGGAGGAGAUAGUGGUCCACGUCGACCCUCGCGAGGCCGUGGGGUCAGGGGUCGCGGCCGAUCCCUCGGGGAAGAGGAAGGAGCUCCAUUUCUCCAUGUUCUCCAACACCAGGGAGAUAUUUGACCUCAUCGAGCAGCUGGUCAAGACUGCCGUCACA